AUGAAUGAAAGAGUUGGAUAUAAGUAUUUGAAAUCUGUUGAAGGCAGUAAUUCUUCGUAUUUGAAGUCUGUUGAAAGCAGUAAUUCUUCGUAUUUGAAAUCUACUGAAAAUGGCAGUUUUUAUAAACAAAGUAACUUUGAAUUGUAUUGGAAAUCGGGCAAAGAAAGCACUUCAGAUAGACAAAAUAAUCGUGUAUUAUACUAUGACAAGAAAAUUUGGUCUGCACAACAAUCUUCUCUGGCUUCACACUCUUUUCAAGAUUUUCUUUAUAAUAAUCAAUGGUCUACUCAGGAUCCAUAUUCAUUUUAUGAUCAAAAUAUAACUUCAUUGUCAAGCGAUACACCAAUAAAUAGUUUUAUUAAACCUUCAUACGAUUAUCAAGUAAACCAAAAUCAAUUACACCCUCGAUCUAUUCAAAGUGAGAUUAAUAACUAUGAUGAGAUUAAUGACUACGAUGAAAUUAAUGACUACGAUGAGAUUAAUGGCUAUAAUGAGAUUAAUGCAUACCGUGAAAUUAAUGACUGCAAUGAAAUUUUUGAUACCGAUUCUUCAGAUGAUGAAAAUAAUGUAAUACCAUCUGGAUUAUAUGUAGGACAAAGUUUUCAUACAUGGGACGAAGCUGAAGAGUUUCUUAAUAAUUAUGGAAAAGAAAAAGGGUUUAGUAUUCGUAGAAAACGAAGUGAAGGUUUUACUGAAAAUGAGAACAAAGUCAUAACAAGAAUUAAUUGGGAAUGUAGUUGUGCGGGUAAAUAUCAACCAAAAAAAGUGUUAAACCCUGCUAAUCAUCGAAACAGACAAUCUAAAGCUACUGAUUGUAAGUGGAAAAUUAAUGGAAAUAUGUCUAAGAAAUUAUCAUCAUCAAUUAUUUUUACUACUGUUGUGGAUCAACAUAAUCAUCCAAUGACGCCUUCACCUACCACUACAAUUGCAAAAUAUCGUAAAUUUAAUAGUGAUACAAUUCAAUUUAUUGAAUUUUGUGUAAAAAGUGGAAUAUCGGGUGCACAACCUAUUGGUCGAUUACUAAAAAGCAAAUUUCCAGAAAUAAGAAUUCAUCAAAAAAACCUUUAUAAUGCUAUCCAAGCUGCAAAGAAACAUUUGACUAAAAGAGCUAAAUUUGAUGCAUCUGAUCUUAUGCGCUAUUUAUAUUCAAAACGUACUGAAGAUUCAAGAUGGUUUGUUGAAAGUAGAUUUGAUGGACUUGAGCGAAGAUUGAGAUCUAAUUCGUCGCUUUUAGAAUUAGUUAAAGAAAUUCAAGAUAUACUUGACAAAGAAUCAAAUUAUAUGAGGAUAGAAGAAUAUGAAGGUGAAAUUCCUAAAGUCGGGCUUGCAACAGUGCCUAAAACAUAUUUUAAUUCAAUUGAAACAGUUAUUUCACAAUACCUUAUGCCAACAAUGGUUUUUAAGGUUUGUGAGCAAAUGCAAGAAUGUUUCUUUUAUGAUUGUAUUAAAAUCAACCAUACGGAUCUUGAGUCUAUAUUACAGGAACAAGUAAAUAUGGAUUAUGAUGAAGGAAUGCGUGAAGACAACUACGAGCUUAUGAAAGUUCAUUUGGUCAAUAUAGUUGAAAAAGUUGGAUAUGAACAAAUCGUUGAAAUUUGGAAAUUAGUAUUGUCUUGUGGAACUAAAAGACAAUAUAUUAUACUUACAGUAGAUGGUUCACAUAUAUGUACAUGUAAUCUUCUUAUAACACAUGGUUAUCCAUGUCGACAUUUUUAUAAAAUUUUACGUUGUUCAUCUCAAGCUAAAUGGCACAUUGGACUUAUUGCAAGACGAUGGUAUAAGGAUGAUAUUAUCAAAGAAAAUCCGAAUAAAAUUUGGGAAAAAUCUUCUAUUUCAUUAUGCAUUAAUAACAUUCAAAAUCAAGAAAUUACAAGCGAUUUUGGAUAUUUGAAAGAGAUUCGCAAUUCAGAUGUUUAUACACCAGUAUUGCAAAAAAUUAAUAGUACACGCCAAAAAUAUGGCCGUGCACAAGGCAUAAUGCGAAAAGUUCUUGAUUUAGCAAUUUCUACUAAUUCGUAUGAUGAAUUAAUAGGCAUUUGUCAAACUUUUAUAUUAAAUAAGCAGCACAUUCAAGAAUCACAGCAAGAAAAAUCAUUACAAGAUGAAUCAUCACGAGAUGAAUCAUCACGAGAUAAAUCACUGCAAGAUGAAUCACCACAAGAUGAAUCACAGCAAAAUGAUGAAUUUAAUAUUGGAAAUCCAAUAAUUACAGCUCGAAGAGGAAGGCCUCCGGGAAGAGCAAAAAGUGCUGUUGAAAUUCAGGAAAAUCAGACAAAAAAACGUCGUUAUCUUCAACUGAUAAAUGUUAAUCAGGUAGUUAAUGAAUCUGAAAAUGUGCACAAUAGAUUAAAAGAAAAGGAUACACGCAAAACAUGUCAAAAUU